ACCCCAGGGUCUGUACAGAUGCCCAUCGCACAGGUCCCUGUCCCGUCGGGAUGGCAACAAGCUCAAGUGUUGGUUCCAUCGACCGGGAGCAGCUUUUGUGUCAGCUAUGCCGGUGGCAACCUCCUCUCCUCCACUGCUUCCGGGACGCACAAGAAGCAGGAGACGGCUGAGGGCCGUCGUCCAUCCGGUGAACACACGGACGGGGACCUCGACGAUGAUUCGGACGCGGACGCGACUGGAGAAGAAACGGUGUUGGUAUUUCUCCAUGGGGCAGGUCAUACAUCCAUGAGCUGGACGUUGCCGUGCCUAGAGUUAGGGAAAUUACUCGGCAGCGUCGCGUCGGAAACCUUGAUGCUGGCCCCGGACUUGCCGUUCCAUGGACAGACAAGAGUCAUUCCGGACGACGGAGACAUGUCGAUGGUGCGGUUGGUGAAGGAGCUCCUGGGAUGUUUACAGGCCUGGUUUGACCUUGGAGGAAGAGGAAGGGCAGGCGAUGCAGGAGUAGGUAGAAAACCACGCAACAUGGUCUUUGUGGGGCACAGCUUGGGGGGGGCAUGCGCCAUUCAUUUGGCGCGGGACCCUGGCUUGGCGAGCAUAGGCAGGGUGCGAGGACUUUGCGUAGUGGACAUGGUGGAGGGGGCCGCCAUGCAGUCGUUGGGGCACAUGCACGAGCGGGUGCAGAAGGUCCCCGCACGUUUCGACUCGAUCGAGGCAGCGAUUGAGUGGUCUGUAGGCGCGGGGCAAAUGAUACGAAACGAGGAGUCCGCGGCCGUGUCUGUGCCGGCCCAGCUGCGGAAGGUAACGGGCGG